CCUGCAGACAGCUGAGCUGAGCUGCUGUGAUGGUGCACUAAGGUUACUCUGAGGAAUCAAAAAACCAUCAGAUGUUUCCCUUGAAACGCCUGAAGACUAUGGGCUUGAUGCCUUUGGGGAGAUUUGUCACCACUUACAGUAGUGACUAUAAACCCCUUAGUGAGCGCCACCCACAGGUCAACCAGCUGAAGCCCAGACCUGAAACUAAAGUGGCUCCUCCAUAUGUCAACCCACCUCAGACUGGAUUUCAUGACUACUUUUACAAAACAACUAACAGCAACUAUGGCUCAGGUGGCUGUUCACAGCCUCUCCCUUGCUCCCUCUUCCCUGCCUCUUUGCCUCCAUUUGGCAUCCUCGCUCGUUCCGUUUCCGAGGCAUCUGGGGUUGUUGGCUCCGCCCUGACAGAGGCCAGGACACAGGAAGUGGGAGUUGCCAGGGACACCGGGCCUGUACUUGGCAAGGAGGAGAGAGGUCAGCUGCGCUAUGUUUGUGGUAGAAAGGCUAAUGAAUUGGAGCAGCAAGAGGCAAAAGAUGAGGCGCUGCAGAAGACUGAUGUUCUCUAUGAGGAAGGUGUGAUUGUGUUGUCAUCUCAUGUCAGUGCGGCCUGCUGUGAAGAUCUCCUUGGAUAUGUCUGCAGAGAAGCCGGGCUGCAGCACCUGCUACACCUUCCUGUGGCCUCCAGUCCAAUUAUCACAAUCGAAGAAGCUGAAAAAUGGGAUAACAGCACCUGCUUGAGGGGCUUGAGACAUGCUGUUGGACUGAAUAGCAGCCCCUUCCUCCAGCCUACUUCCAGGCAGUGCAGCUGCUAUGCAUUGGAAACUGAAUGCCCUAAUAGUUGUUACUUUAAGAUGCAAACCUUCCCUCCUGCCACCCCUCGUGGCAGCACAAUACCUCUGGCCCAUGUGCAGCCAACGGUCUACAGCACAGAGCCCAGAAGGACGCCACAGUUGACAGAGUACCAGGCCAGGUACACUGUUGAGUGGGCCCAACCUAAGAUCCAGCAGACUGACUUUCACCAUGAUCGUCCUGCUCGUCACCAGAAACUUUAUCUUUCACUCUGAAUCUCAACUUUUGUUUCAAAACACAGCAGAUUAAAAAAAAAACAUUGUUUGUGUUUCUAGCGCUACACAUGAUGAA